CGGGUUACCUUGGGAUAAAGACGUGCAGCCGAGCUCUCCCGCCCUGCCGGGCGUGCGCAGGGAAGGAUCCCGGCCCGGGAUGAGUCAGGUGUUUGCGGGGACGGGGGGCGGUGGGGCUGGCAUCGGCACCCCCGGGGGACGCUCUGGACACGCCCCGGAGGGCAGCCCGGCGCUGGGCCGGGAAGGAGCCCCGCUCCCAGCUCCCAUCCCAUCCCGGCUGCGGCUGCAGUGCACAUCCAUCCAUCCGUCACUGCGCGGGGCGUGGGAAGAGGCGGCUCUGCAGAAAGCGCUGCCUCGGACGCAGCGCCAGCCCGGCGGGAUGAGCCGCGCCGGAGCCGUGGGGAGCUGGCACCCAGCGCGGUGACCGGCGGUCAUGACAACGGAGACAGGCCCCGGCUCCGAGGUGAGGAACGCGCAGGAAGAGGCGCAGCAGCAGCAGCUGGAGGCGGCGGCCCAGGGCCCCACGGCCGCUCCCGGCCCCGCCGGCCGCGACACCGACCCCCAUGAGAAGCUCGGGGCACAGCCCGACACCCGAAACAUGGAGCCGGGCACAGACAUGGAGGACAAGGACUACAGUGAGACCGAUGGACUCUCUGACAAAACAACUCCCAGCAAGACCCAGAAGUCACCCCAGAAAACCACCAAGAAAGUGAAGAGUGCCCUGUGCAGGGUGACCCUGCUCGAUGCAUCCGAGUAUGAGUGCGAGGUGGAGAAACACGCCCGGGGCCAGGUGCUCUUUGACAUGGUGUGUGAGCACCUCAACCUCCUGGAGAAGGACUACUUCGGCCUCACCUUCUGUGAUUCGGACAGCCAGAAGAACUGGCUUGACCCCUCCAAGGAGAUCAAGAAGCAGAUCCGCAGUGGGCCCUGGAACUUUGCCUUCACUGUGAAGUUCUACCCUCCAGACCCUGCCCAGCUGACAGAGGACAUCACCAGAUACUACCUGUGCCUGCAGCUCCGUGCCGACAUCAUCACGGGGCGCCUGCCCUGCUCCUUUGUCACCCACGCCCUGCUGGGCUCCUACGCAGUCCAGGCCGAGCUGGGUGACCAUGACACUGAGGAGCACGUGGGCAACUACGUGAGCGAGCUGCGCUUCGCCCCCAACCAGACGCGGGAGCUGGAGGAGCGCAUCAUGGAGCUACACAAGACCUACCGGGGAAUGACCCCUGGGGAAGCAGAGAUCCACUUCCUGGAGAACGCCAAGAAGCUCUCCAUGUACGGGGUGGACCUGCACCAUGCCAAGGACUCAGAGGGUAUUGACAUCAUGCUGGGUGUCUGCGCCAAUGGCCUCCUCAUCUACAGGGACCGGCUGCGCAUCAACCGCUUCGCCUGGCCCAAGAUCCUCAAGAUUUCCUACAAGAGGAGCAACUUCUACAUCAAGAUUCGCCCUGGGGAGUACGAACAGUUUGAGAGCACCAUUGGCUUCAAGCUGCCCAACCACCGCUCAGCCAAGAGGCUCUGGAAGGUCUGCAUAGAGCAUCACACCUUCUUCAGGCUGGUGUCCCCAGAGCCGCCCCCCAAGGGCUUCCUGGUGAUGGGCUCCAAGUUUCGGUACAGCGGGCGCACGCAGGCGCAGACGCGCCAGGCCAGCGCCCUCAUCGACCGCCCCGCGCCCUUCUUCGAGCGCUCCUCCAGCAAGCGCUACACCAUGUCCCGCAGCCUGGACGGAGAGUUCUCGCGUCCAGCCUCUGUCAGCGAGAACCACGACGCCGGGCCUGAGGGUGAGAAGCAGGAUGAGGAUGGUGAGUUUGGCAGCAGGAGACGCUCUGAGGUGGAGGAUGAGGAGGUGACCACCCCGACAAAGAUCAAGGAGCUGAAGCCGGAGCACGAAACAACUCCCAGGCACAAGCAGGAGUUCUUAGACAAGCCAGAAGAUGUUUUGCUGAAGCAUCAGGCCAGCAUCAAUGAGCUGAAGCGCACCCUGAAGGAGCCCAACAGCAAACUGGUUCACAGGGACCGGGACAGGAGGCUGCCUUCCUCACCAGCCUCUUCCUCACCCAAGCACGAGGAUGAAACACCAAAGGGAACCCCUGAAAAGGCCACUGAGGGCUCGGAGCACUGGGUAUUUAUAGAGAGAGAAGCCCCUAGGCUGGAAGCUGUAGCUCUGAGGAAAACUCUGAGAGCCAAGACGGAAGAAGCACGUGCAGGGACCUCGGAGGGGAGCGUGAGUGGGAGCCUGACGAAAGUGGAGGUGACGGUAGGGAAAGCCAAGGACAUGGCAGGCCAGGAAGAGCCAGCAGCUGCAGCCUUGGAGACGAGGAAGAGAGCCAAAAUGAUUGCUAGUCCUGAGGAUUUUGAGUCUGUGUGGGAGGAUGAGCUCUAUGAGAAGGAAAGCAGGGGUGAGGCCAGCCCAGGGGCAGUACAUCCACCCGCCAAGAGCGUGGAGCGAGAGCCCCAAGAGCCGGGCAAAGACACAGCCACCAGGGAGCCAGGGCUGCCCAAGCCCUGUCAACAGCCUGAAGAGAGGCAAAGGACCAAGAUUUUGGAGUCAGAGCCUCCCCAGGGAGAAGGCGAGAUGCUCUCCAAGGAACAUGCUUCUGCAGCCUUCAGGAAGCAGGAGGCCAGAGUGCCAGCCACAGCCCCAGAGUUCCUGAAAAUUAAAGUGAAGGCUGGUGAUGACAGCUCAGAAACUUCUGCAACCCAGAGGAUCAUCUACUUAGGAGAUCCAGAGGGGGAGAAGGACACUAAAACACAACUGGUCUUGGACACUGGUGGGUGGCUUGGCUUGGAGGAGAGACCAGAAGCUCCAGUAAACACAUCCGGGGAGGGAUCUGGGCAUGUGGCACCCGUGGCAGAAGGGUUCCAACCCCUUUCCUCAGCAAGUCACCAGCACAGGACAGUGUCUGGAAAGCCCACUGGAGCACCAGAGCCACCUGGGAUGGGCCCUGAUGGGACCAGCCAGGGGGGACGUCCCCUCUCAGGGUGGGAAGAACUGUCUCUGCAGCCAGAGAAAGCACCUGGUGCUGGGGUACCUGGAGCAGCACCCACGGGAAGUGGAGCCCUGCUGUGGUCCCAGGAGGUGGGACCAGAGGAGAUGGAGCUGCAGAGCUCAGUGGGAGGCUUGAAGCCAUGUGGCCUGGCAGGGGAUGGCCCCAGGGCUGAGGAGCACAGAGAGAGCCCAACACAGUCCCCAGACAUCUGCCCAGCAGUGGAGGGGCUCUUGGGAAGGGUUGGAGCAGACACUGACAGGGAGGAAAGUGCCAGAGUGGUUCUUCAGAUGGAAGAGAUAGAACCCAAGUCACCUUCAUCAUCAGCUGAGUCUCGGCAGGGCUACACUCACACCGUGGGGUUGGAGGGAGACAAACCCAGUGCUCCUGUACCUCCACCCCUUCCCCAGAAACCCAGCCCAGUCCCUGUGGAGCCGCCUCUGGGCAUGGAGCCUCAGGGCACAGACCUGUCCCUGGGCACCAGCCCUGCCAGAGGAGUGGCCAUGCCCGAGGUUGUGAACCUCUCCAUGGAGGUGGCACUACCCAUGGGCACCAAUCCUGAAGCUGAAGAACAAUCCCAAAAUGUGGGAUUUGCUUCAUGGAAACCCCAUCAGGGGAGACAUCCUAUUACAGGAGAACCCCCCCAAAACACAGACACCGCAGCAGAGUCGAUCCAGGUUAGAGACCUGGCCACCAGGGAGGUUGCCCAGGACAUGGACACAACACAGAGCAACGUCCCUACCACUGAAGAGCCACUGCAGGAGGAGAAGCCCAUGAUCAAAGAGCUCUUCCAGGGCUCAGGGUCAGGAAAGCCAACCAGUGAUGAAGGCUCUGGGAUGGAAGAACUGUCCCAUCACAAAAGCCUUGGCAAGGCUGAGCUGCCCCCCAAGGGAAAAGAAGCAGAACACCAGACUGAGACAAUUCUGAGAGACUUAACCCUCCACACUGCAGGUCCCAAAGCACAAGAGCCACACCAGGACUCGGAGUUCAAUGUGGAACAAGAUCUGCAGGGUGGGAGCUGGACAGUUGCAGAAAGCACAAGGAACAGUGACCUGGCUCUCGGGCAGCCACCACAGGAUGAGUCUCCACCUAGAGUAGCUGUUGAUGUCCCACACUUCCAGUCCCCUGCAGCAGGAUUGUGCCAAGGAAGUGAGGCUUCCAAGCUCUCUGCCCUGGUGAAUGAAGGUGAGGCAGGACAAUCAAAUGGUGGGACACAUCCAGCAGAGCCUGGGGUAUCAGUGUGCAUGGCUGGGCUGGCAGGAGCUGUGUCCCAGGAGUGUGGGGACGCUACCAUGGCCUCAGGAAACCAGCAGGACAGCAAGAGCUUCAGGGAAACCUCAGUGGCCUCCAAGAUGAAGAUGUUUGAGCAAGGUGAAGUGGAGCUAAGGGCCACCCGGGAGGGACAGGAGUGUGUUCUUGAAGCUGAGAUGUCGGUGACAGCCACAGGGAAUACAAAUCUGGCACAGGAUGUGACUUUGAGCACUGGCCUUGCCUCGCCCCUUGCAGCGGGACCUGUGUCCAGUGUGGGCUCCUUGGCCCUCAGGCAAGGGGCUGGUUCAGGAGACACCUUCCAGCCUCACUCCCUGAAGGAACAUGUCUCUGCUGACCCCGAACACGAAGACGACAGUGCUGACCUGGCCUCACCCGACUCUGGCUGCGAGCUCACCCUGGCUGAGGCCGUGAGCAAAUCUCAGGAACCAAGUGGGGAAGAAAAGGAUUUAUGUGGCCCAUCAGUAAAAUCCAGCCUGAAAGAAGAGAAUGUAAAGGCUGCUGUUCCAGUGGUCUCGCAGAGAGCGGGCGUGAGGGAGGGCCCUGAGGAGAGGGUGAAACCGCCCCGGCACAGGGCCCCUGAGAGCGACACUGGCGAUGAGGAGCCCGACCAGGAGAAGGACUCGGUCUUCCUGAAGGACAACCACCUGGCCAUUGAGCGCAAGUGCUCCAGCAUCACGGUCAGCUCAACCUCCAGCCUAGAGGCGGAGGUGGACUUCACCGUCAUCGGGGACUUCCACGGCACAGCCUUUGAGGACAUCUCCCGGAGCCUGCCCGAGCUGGACAAGGACAAGAGCGAAAUGCAAGAUGAAGGCCCGGUUUCCUUCCAGCACACUGACAAAGUAGUUCCUGGACUGGAAGAGGAUGUCAAAGCCAGGGAUAAGGUCUCCCAGCCCAGCCCAGAUGUCUCGCAGCCAGAGCCUUCAGCCCCAAAAGUGGAUGCUGUGACUCCGAAGAAGGCCGAAGCAGAAGGCUCCACUCCCCAUCAGGUGGAUGGAGGCACCCCGGGCAGCAGGGACACCACCACCACUGCCCAGGCUGGCAGCACAGAGACAGCACUGGUGACCUCAGAUCAUGGCACGAAGGCUGGCAAAGGGGCUGCUCCCACCACAGACCUUCGCUCCCUGUCACCGAUCUCUGGUGGCCCCGCUGGAAAGGAGGUGUUCACCAGCAUUUUCAGCGCCACUGCGGAAACGCUCUCCACUUCCACCACUACCCACGUUACCAAGACUGUGAAAGGGGGGUUCUCCGAGACGCGGAUAGAGAAGCGCAUCAUCAUCACGGGAGAUGAGGAUGUGGACCAGGACCAGGCACUGGCUUUAGCAAUCAAAGAGGCAAAACUCCAGCACCCUGACAUGCUGGUAACCAAAGCUGUGGUGUACAGAGAAACAGAGCCCUCUCCAGAGGAAAGGGACAAGAAACCUCAGGAAUCUUGACCAAUAUGUUCCUGGAAGUCAACAUCUGUAUUCCAACCUGGAGAACGGGAGAAGGAGCCUUCAUGCUGGAUUUGUCAGCAAGACAUAGACAUCCUAGCUGCAAUGUUCAUGGCGAGAGACAAAAAUUUUUAAAAAAGGAAUAGCAAAUAUAUUAUAUAUAUAUAUACAUACAUACAUAUAUAUAUAUAUAUAUAAAAACAGGAAACAAAAUGCAUCCUUGCACUGCUGCUAUAUGCUGGAAAUGAAUAGUAAACACCACCACCAAUAAACAAAGCCAACCCUGUGCAGAUAAAUUGAAGAAUUUCCUGGAUUGGUGAUCAAAUCAGAUUUUAAAAGUCAUAAUAAUAACAAUAAUCUCGGUAACAAUACAGUAAGCCACCAUCUUGCAUGUUACAUGAAAGGACACACAAUCAUGAGUUCAUUUGUUGCACACUGAAUGGAAAGGAAAACUGCUUUGCAACAAAGCAAGUAAGCAAACUGAAGUAAAAAACCACAAGCAGAAGCAAAACCAUUCCCCACCUCUGGAAAGAAGAGAGAAAAACAUUCAAGUUAUGACCUUAGAGUUAUUUUCCAAUUCACAAGUGUCGUUUCGCCCUUCUCCUCAUUCCAUGCUGGUUUUUUGCAUUUUUUGGGGGUUCUGUUAACUCUUCCCCUUCCCUUCCUUAUCUUCUCUGUGCACUUGUCCAACCUCUUGUUCUCUGAAGGUAUUUAGGAAUGGGUUUAAUUUCGAACAAAGCAAAUCAUAUGUACAUGGUUUCUCAUCUCUAACGAGCAGCCUGUGGGGUUUCAUAUGGAUGUGCAUUUCAGUUCUGUAUAUUAUUCUGUAUAACAGAGGGGGAGGGAGGGAACAAUUCUGAAAUAAUUCAACAAUGCUGGUACAGACAAUGCCGACAUUUUUAAAUUAUUAACUCUUGGAUUGACCGUGGUUGGUGUACUUGGAGACUCUUAGAUCACACGUGGGACUCUGAGUCCUGCAAGAAGGGAAUGGGAAAGGUUUUGGCUGCUGCUGGCUGGGGAGAAGGGGGAGAGGGCAAGGGACAGGACUGUCCUGCCGGCUAAUCUGCAGUGUGUGUGGUGAGGUUUGGAGGGCAGUGGUCACCUGGAGGGGCACGGAAGGCUCCAGCUCCAAGAGCCGUAGGCAGGAUGGGCUCCCAGCCCCCCCUGGGAUCAGCUGGGAGCGAGGUGGGAGCCGCAGGGCUCGGGGUCCCCUGCAGCCUGCAGAGCCGUGCUGCUGGUGGGGUGGGUUUGCUUUGAUUCUGGAUCCCAGUAAUGGAGGUACUGGAGUUCUGUAAUAGUGCCAAAGGCAGAGGGGCUGUUUGUGCCCUGCCUCCCCCACUACCCGGGGUGUGAUGGCAAAGGGCUGCGGACAGCGCUGGCAGGGCCAUGGCAGUGCUGCCCCGACCCGCCUGGAGACGGGCAGUGGAGGGGCCGUGCUGUGUCCAUCCCUGCAGAGUGUCCCCAGCAUCCCAGGCUGUGUGGGAGAGCCCAGGAGGCGCCAGUGGAGCUGCUCCCAACUCGGCCUUCAACCACAGGCUCCCUCCAGGGCUGCCUUUGGAAGGGGAUCCUGGGCCAACCCCAGGGCCCCGUACACUGUGAACCAGGCAGUUCGGGUAGGCUCAGAACCAAAACCAGAAAGGAAAGGAAAGGAAAGAAAUGGGUUUCCUUCUCGGAAUUGUCUCUAGCUCCUGCAGAAACAGAAGGGCCCAUGAUUCUGCACCAUUUUGCCUUUAGUCUCCCACCCCUCACACAGACUGUGCCCAGGACCAGGUGUGUUUCCUGGCCCUGCUGGGACUUGCAGGAUGCCCAAGCAGGAGCGCCUGAGCUUGAGGAUGCCGUGGGCAGACCCUGCUCCCACCUUCACUGUCCCAGGAGGGAGCUGCUCCCUGGCAGCUGCUCACCAGUGAGUGUUCUCCUGGCAGAGAGGUUUCUCCUGCAGGCAUGGAAGGCAAAAGCACAGGGGCUGCUGCCAGUGCCAGUGCCAAUGCCCAUCCUUAGAUUCCAGCCACGUGCCUUCAGAGAGCACAGCCCCAACCUAACAGCAGUUAAGGCAGUUGCAAAGAGGCUCCUUUUCUCUCAUUUGUUUUUCCAAUGCACCCAAGCCAGCCAUGCCCAGCAGUGGCACUGCCAGGGGUGGUGGAGGGCCACCUCUGCCCACCGUUCUGGCAUCCACCAGUACAUGGCACAAUUCAGGGUCGGGGGAACCCAUCUGGCUUGGGCACCUCCACAGCCCACCCAAGGCCGCUGUGACCCUCCAGAGUUGCUUUUGGCAUUGUGCACAGUCUGGGAAUUGAAGGUUCCCGUGGGAUUGAGCAGCCUUACAGAGUCAGGCUCCCUGUGUGCUUGGGCUGCCAUGAGUUCUGUUUGCAGUGAGCAGCCCCUGGCUCCCGCAGCGUGUUCAUGGGUGGCAGUGUCAAAAACUUUUUUUUUCUUUAAAAAAAACAAGAGAAAAAAAAAGGAAAGUAAAAAAGCUCACUGCUUGUUCUCCUGGCGAGGUGUGGCUUUCUGCUGCUCAGCCCCAGCCUGCCCAUCACCGUGCUCUGUUUCAGAUAGCUGGCCACUGCUUGUUUUCUUCCAGAGGCCUUUUUUGUGGAAAGGGGUGGGAGACAUGAGUGCCUGUUUUUACCCAAUCCCACAAAUUCAUUCUGAACCUGGCCUGCAAUUGCAUGAGUAAUAAUAACAGUAACAGUAAUAAUAAUAAUAAUAAUGAUAUUUAUUUUUAUUUGAGAAGCACCUUACCAACCAACUGCAACGCUCUGUUGUUCCUUCACUAACUCUCCUUUUCUCUUCCCUUGUUCUCCCUCUCCCCCUUUGGUCAUACUCCUUUUCAGUGCUCGGUGGUGUAUGCGUGUGUGCUCACUGUUCUUGUAUUCAAUAAAAGUGAAAUAAAUGUGUUUGAUGCUAAAUCA